GCGAACAACUGAAAGGAUUGUUUAUCAUUUUAUGUUAUCUUUUAGGUCAGAUUACCAGACUUAAUACCUCGAGUUCUUCUGAUGAGCGGCAAGAGCUACUUGAAAGAAGCCGGAUUCCGAAUGGGUGUCCUGGCAGCUUGGACUUUGUUUCUGCUCACAGUUCGGCUCAAAGUUAUGGGAGUUCAGCUUCCAGUUUUCACGAAAUUCGACAAUCCAGCAGCAGCAGCUGAGACUCCGACACGACAGUUGACGUUCAAUUACCUGGUCGCCCUUAAUGGUUGGUUGCUUUUGUAUCCCAGCGACCUCUGUUGUGACUGGACAAUGGGCAGUGUGCCUCUGGUUCGAUCCUUGAGUGAUCCCAGGAACCUGGCUACUCUGGCUGGCUAUGCCACGUUGGGGGCUAUCUUGUGGAACAGUUUGUGGGUGGAUGACAGCCGGUCUCGUGUUCUUCUCAUGAGCCUCGCCAUGUGUGCCUUUCCAUUCCUGCCAGCGUCAAAUCUGUUUUUUCCUGUGGGCUUUGUAGUGGCGGAAAGAGUGCUGUAUGCCCCCAGCAUGGGAUUUUGUCUUCUAGUAGCCCAAGGAGGCAGCCUUCUAGCAGCGCGGCGGUCGACUUUAGUCUGGAGUAGCAUGUUGGUUCUUUUAUGCAUACACACAGCGAAAACGAUGCGACGCAACACAGAUUGGCAGAGCGAAUAUUCACUAUUCUUAUCAGGUCUUCAGGUAAACCAAAGGAAUGCUAAACUGUACAACAACGUUGGGCAUUGCUUGGAAACGCAAGGAAAGCAUGCAGAGGCUUUGAGUUAUUUUCAUACAGCCAUAAGAGUGGAGCCGGAUGACAUUGGAGCUCAUAUCAAUGUUGGAAGAACGUAUAACCAUCUUGGAAUGUAUGGAGAGGCUGAAAAAUCCUUCAGAAAGGCAAAGGACUUGCUACCACGACCGCCCUUCGGCGAUGGGUAUGAAGCUCGAGUCGCUCCAAGUCAUUUAAAUGUGUUCCUGAACCUCGCCAAUCUCAUUUCCAGAGAUGGAACACGACUGGAAGAGGCAGACAUGCUGUACCAGGAGGCAAUACGUAUGCGAUCUGAUUACGUCGAGGCUUACAUCAACAGAGGAGACAUACUUAUCAGAUUGAACAGGACUCAAGAAGCACAGAGCGUUUAUGAAAGAGCAUUGCUGCUCGAUGAAGCUAAUGCAGACAUCCAUUACAACCUGGGAGUUGUUUUCCUGGAACAAAGAAAAACAGAUUUGGCGUUGCUUUCUUUCGAAAAAGCGCUGAAAAUAAAUCCUAAGCAUGAGCAAGCUCUUCUGAAUUCUGCUAUUCUGAUUCAAGAAACAGGAGGACCACAUAUGAGGAAAACAGCUUACCACAGGUUACAAGCUCUACUAGAGGCGAGAGAUGUUAACGAGAGAGUAUAUUUCCAUUUAGGGAUGUUGGCUAUGGAUGACAAAAAUCUGACGCUCGCCGAAAAGUGGUUCCGACGAGCCGUCGAGUUGAAAGCAGAUUUUCGAAGUGCGCUUUUCAACCUGGCAUUAUUGCUUUCAGAAGCACGACGGCCUCUCGAAGCUCUGCCUUUUCUUCAGCAGUUGAGAAAGCACCAUCCAGACCACGUGAAAGGCCUGAUCCUCCUCGGCGACAUCUACAUCAAUGCUGUGAAAGACCUGGAUGCCGCACAAGAGUGUUACAAAAGCAUCCUUGUACAAGAACCGAACAAUGUCCAGGCAUUGCAUAACUUGUGUGUGGUUCACGUAGAAAGAGGCCUCAUGGCAGAAGCCGAAUCUUGCCUGGAGAAGGCGUCUGCACUGGCACCGAACGAGUAUUACGUCACACAACACCUCGAGAUCGUUCGAUCGAGGAGGCUACAAAUUCUAAAGCGAAAAACCAUCGUCCGCAGUCCCUACUCUAAGUCGAAAAGCCAGGACAUUGACUCUAAGGAAGGUGAUGAGGUAAUCGUGAAUUUGCCGACGUAGAAUACCUAAAUAUCUUCUGUGUACCUUAUGUCUGAAAUCCCGCAAUUUGUGCUUUGAAAGACAUAUGAAUUACAAGCAAGUCAAUGGAUGUCAUUAAACAGAUGUAGAUGAACUUUGCAAAGAAUUAUGAAUGUGAUUUCUUGAGUAAUGUUCUGCCGAUGUAAAAGAAACACCAGUUUAGUCCCAUUUAGUGGCUAUCGUUAAACAGCAUUAUCAUUCUAUCUGAUAAUUAUACUUCCUUUAUUUUAUCAACAAUGGAAUUGGUCUUUUUUUCCAUGAAUUUCAUUAUUGUUAAGCUACCUACAGAAAAUUCUAUUCAUAUUUUACAGCAGCUUACAUUCAUAUGAAUGCAAAAUAUUGGAUACAGUCAAGAAUAAUUCCCAGAACUGAUUUUUAUGUGCUUAUAGAUUCCUUGGUUCAGCUAUACAUGGCCGGUUUUGUUUAUUCAUUUUCUUUGGGAAAAGAAUUAUUAAUAAUUCUUAGAACAUUCAAAACAUUCAUAUGUGUUUUCUAAAUCGCUCUCUACGUUUACUGCUGAUUUUUGCUUUUAAAUUGAAAAAAUCUUUAAGAGCCUGAAAACUGUUCUGGUUACUUCAUAUUGGAAACAUUUUUAAAGCUGUUUGUUAUGUUUGUAAGAAUAUCUAUACUCGAUAAUAUAUCGAUAAUUGUGUACAAGUUAUAUGUUCUAAUAAAGCUCAAAGCUAUAAGUUU